AUGGGGCAGAGUGAUUUAUUAUGUCUUCCGAACUUGCUUUUAGCAUGCUCGUUUUUGUUAUUGAGCUGCGUGCUGGCCCAGUUCCCACCGUUACCCGAUCUUGAUCCGGACAUCAAGACGAUCAUCUCCCCGGUGGAUGGGAACAUCACCAUCAGAUACAAGUCGCCUCCUCCCGGCACCUGUAAAACAGUCUAUGCUUCUCAGAAACAGUAUACGGGCUAUGUCACCCUUCCACCGUAUACUCUCGCACCGGUGCAGCAGAACUAUUCGAUAAACACGUUUUUCUGGUUCGUUGAGGCCCGAACAGACCCCGGCACGGCCCCUCUUACAAUCUUCAUCAAUGGCGGCCCUGGAAGCAGCAGCAUGGUGGGGAUGUUCCAAGAAGUCGGCCCAUGCGAAGUGGUCGAAAUUGGCGAGAACGAACUCGGCACGCGAGCACGAGAAUGGGGCUGGGAUCGCAGCUCCAACAUCCUGUUUAUCGAUCAGCCGAACCAGGUCGGGUUCUCCUACGAUGUCCUGCAGAAUGGGUCUUUGAACCUCCUGUCGUCUGAGUAUUCAUUUCCUCCUGCAGCAGAUGUCCCAUCCGGGCAGCCAUCAUAUACUUUUCUCAAUGGGACCUUCAGCUCGAAUUCGACGUGGUCAACAGCCAAUACCACUGCGAUUGCCGCCGGAGCCGCCUGGCAUAUUGUUCAGGGCUUUCUAAGUGCGUUUCCGCAGUACAAUCCAGCGCAAUAUUCGAGUACGGACCAGAAUAAUAAUAGUAGUAAUGGCCCGGUUGCCAUCAAUCUCUUCACGGAGAGUUACGGAGGGAAAUACGGACCUGCAUUUGCUGCUUUCUGGGAGGCCCAGAAUGAACGAUUAAGAAACGGGGAAUUACCACAGAACACCACUUUGGAGAUUCAACUCAGCUCUCUGGGUAUCUUGCAGGGCUGCGUUGAUGACCUCAUUCAGGGUCCGUUCUAUCCAAGGUUCGCCUACGACAAUACCUACGGAAUUCAGGCUAUUUCCCUCCAGGACCAGCAAAAUGCUGCCUCAGCCUUCUACUCUCAGGGCGGCUGCCAGCAACAAAUCCAAGAUUGCCGGAAUGCAGUCGGUGCGCUUGACCCGGACGGAUAUGGCGAUAACAGCCAUGCCAAUACCCUUUGUUCCGAGGCGCAGCGGUACUGUAACGACUAUGUCGUCGGGCCAUACUACAAAUCGGGACUCAGCCCUUAUGACAUCUCUCAGUCUGUACUUGACCCUUUCCCACCGAACACAUACCUCGAAUAUCUCAACGACGCAGCCGUCCAGUCAGCCAUCGGUGUCCCGGUGAAUUUUACCAUGACCAACGGCGCCGUUGUUGAGGCGUUCCAGCAGACAGGGGAUUAUGAGCGAGGGAACCAGAUAUCGGAAUUUGCGUCCCUCCUCGAGAAGGGAAGACUUUAUCUGCAACUGGAAGGGGGUGAAGCGGUCUCGUUUUCAAUCGCCUCCGCGGUGCCAUCAUAUCUCUCCAGCUUCAACAGUGCGGGUUAUGCACCCAUCAUCACCAAUACAAGCUACAUCGGCGGAGUGGUCCGCCAGGCCGCCAAUCUCUCUUUCUCCCGCAUCUACGACGCGGGCCAUCUGAUCCCCGCCUAUCAGCCCGAGACACUCUUCACCCUUUUUACCCGAAUCAUUCUUGGCUCUGACCUGUCCUCCGGUGAGCCAGCGGACCUGUCCACUUUUAGCACCUCCGGAGACGCAAAUGCCACGGCCACCAACUCUGCGCCUCCCAGGGCCAGUCCCACGUGUUAUCUGCGGAGCGUGGCAGAGACGUGUGAUGAGACGCAGCGAAAACGGCUAGAAUCCGGCGAAGGCGUCAUCAUCAACGGCGUCCUAUACGACAAGGCAUCAGACUGGAAGCCGUUGUCGUCGGAUUCAGACGGCGACGAUGGUAUUGGUGCUGUUGGAGUGCCAGGAACUGCUUCAGUCGCCAUGAGCGGUACCGCCAGGGGCGGGGGUUCUACCGCAGCAGCAACAGGCACCACAGUUAUAUACUCUGCUACACUGCAAACAUAG